GCGGCAGAGGCGGCCAUGGGCGCGCGCGUCCGGGCGCUGCUGCUGGCGCAGCUGUUGGUGCGAGCGGGGCUCCGGGGACAGGGCGUUCAGGAUCUGGACCGGCCGUUUCCAGGUAAGGCGCCCGGGACGCGCGCCUCCCCGCGCAGGGCACCUGAGCCGGAGCGCAAGGGGCGCCUCAUCUUGUCCUCUCCCCGCCCAGGUCUCGAGAACUCGUCGUUGCUCACGUGGCCCUGCGGCCGCCGAACCGUUUCGACGACGCGCGUGGUGGGCGGCAAGGACUCGGAGCUGGGGCGCUGGCCGUGGCAGGGCAGUCUGCGCUUGUGGGGCGCCCACCACUGCGGCGCCAGCCUGCUCAACCGCCGCUGGGUGCUGUCGGCCGCGCACUGCUUUGAAAAGCACACUGAUCCCUUUGAGUGGUCCGUGCAGUUUGGCGAGCUGUCUGCCUCACCGUCCAUCUGGAACCUGGAGGCCUACCACAACCGAUACCAGGUGGAGGAGAUCAUUUUGAACCCCAUGUAUCUGGGGGCGUCAUCCUCUGACAUCGCCCUGCUGAAGCUGUCCUCCUCCGUCACCUACAAUAAGUACAUCCACCCCGUCUGUGUUGCGGCCUCUUCCUCUGAGUUCCAGAACCAGACUGACUGCUGGGUGACGGGCUGGGGGAACAUCGGAGAAGAUCAAGUUCUGCCGCCUCCUUACCGUCUCCAGGAAGCACAGGUGUCCAUCAUAAACAACUCCAGGUGCGACUUCCUGUUCCGACGUCCCGGUGUCCUCAGUUAUGACCCGGAUGACAUGAUCUGUGCUGGCUCUGAGAAUGGCCAACGUGACGCCUGCAAACUGUCCCUGCCUCUCCGCCAGCCCCUCACCUGCCCCCUGCCCCGCCAAGCCUGGCUCACCCGCGCCGCUCCCCAGGGUGACUCCGGUGGCCCCUUGGCCUGCGAAAAGAGAGGUGUGUGGAUUCAGGUUGGCAUCGUGAGCUGGGGAUCGGGCUGCGGUAGACCCAACCGGCCCGGGGUCUACACCAACGUCAGUAGGCACUUCAACUGGAUCCGGACGCUGAUGGCCCGCGGCGCCCCCAGGCCAGUCCCCUCUCGGCUGCUCCUGCCCCUCGCUGUGCUCUGGGCCGGGCUCCCGCAGCCGGCCUGAGCCCAACGGAGUCCUGAGAGCUGGGGCCAUCUGUUGAGCCAGGCCCCGUCCCCCACCUCGUCCCUUUUCUAAUAAACUCCUUAGCGUGUUGGAA